UUUCAUUAUAAAAAAACAGCUAAAAAUGAAUCGCUGGCAAAAUCGGGUCGCUGUUAUCACCGGUGCCAGUUCGGGUAUUGGCGCUGCUUGUGCCGUAUAUCUCGCGAAUAAUGGCAUGAUCACAGUGGGUCUGGCGCGACGCAAGGAACGCAUGGAAGCGCUGCGUGAACAAGUGCAACCGGAGGCACGUGAUCGUCUGCAUGCCAUAAAAUGUGAUAUACGCGAUCAACAACAGAUCAUCGCUGCAUUCAAAGAGAUCGAAACUAAAUUUGGUCCAGUAGCUGUGCUGGUGAAUAAUGCAGCUGUGGCGCGUAUAACCAAUUUGGUGGAUGAUAAUAACGAGCAGUACAUAAGGGAUAUGGUCGAUACGAACAUACUGGGUGUGGUGAACUGUACAAGGGAAGCAUUUCGUUCGAUGAAAGCCAACGGUGGUGUUGGGCAUGUCUUUCUUAUCAAUAGCAUUUCCGGACAUUAUGUGCAGAAAAUACCAAAUCAUUCAUUGAAUUUUUAUCCGUCGACUAAAUUUGCGCUCACAGCAAUGACGGAAGUGUACAGACAGGAGUUUCUCAAUAAAAAUACAAAUAUCAAAGUGACGAGCAUUAGUCCCGGCGCCGUUGAUACAGAAAUUAUACCGUCGGAAAUGAGGGAGGUGAUGACGGAUGCACCCUUUUUGCAACCAGAAGAUGUUGCAGAUGCUUUGGUCUACUGUCUAAAGACACCACCACAUGUGCAGAUACAUGAGCUGACUUUAAAGCCGAUGGGAGAAAUGAUUUAAUUGAAUGCUGGAAAGCGUGUGGGGUAUAUAUACAUCACAAAUGUAUACACAUUACCUCAGCAUGUGCUUAGAAAAUAAUAAAAACUAAAAUUUUUGUUUAAGAAACAGUCAAAUA